AUGGCUGAGGUGCCUGGGCCCACUGGCGAAUCCAAAGGCACUGAAGUUAAAACCCAGCAGGCCACGGAAAAAACCCUCAGGGCACCGCCAAGGCGGGGUCCAACCUCGGUGCUCAAAGUGUCCCAGUUGUUGCUCCGAGCCAUCACAGCACACAAAGGGCUGACUCUGGCCACUCUCAAGAAGGAGCUCGGAAAUGCUGGCUACGAAGUGCGCCGGAAGUGCCGCCACUCAGGCGAAGCACCCAGGUCUGAUGUUAAGGGCACGCUUCUCCGAGUCAGCGGUAGCGAUGCCUCCGGCUACUUCAGGGUUUGGAAGAGUCCAAAGCCGAAGAGAAAGCCGGGACGCCCGAGGUUGGAGGAGGGCGUGCGCUCUUCGAGGAGGACUCCUCCUAGGCCACGGAGCCCACGGAGGCGCAGCACGCAUCGCAGGGCGGCCAAGAAGGCCAGGGAAUUAUGGAGACAGAGCACGAAGGGAAACACGAGGAUGAGGAAGGUCAGGCCAAGAGCCAAGGACUCGGUGCGUUCCAAAGCCAAGGAGGGAGCAAGGGCCAAGGUGAUGAACCAGGGGAGAGGUCAGACCAUGAAGGAAGACAUCAGGCCUAGGACCCGACAGAAGAGGCCAAGCUCGAAGCCCAGGGAAGAGAAGCAGCAGGACCAGGAGACAUUGGUAAAACGCACCAUCCAGAAGACAUCCUUGGUUAAAAGUGACCUAAAUUUUAGCGGUCAGGGGAGACCCACGCAUGACCCAAGGGCUGUUCGCACAAAGACUUCUACUAAAGCUUAAAGUCCUCCGUAUGCAGCCGGGUGCCUGUAGUGUGGGAGCAAUUUCCCUUCCUCAAGGCACAGAUGCCUUUCCCCUUAGGCUCUAAUGAGAGCAGCUCUCACACACUGAAGUGGACAAAACUAUACACAAGACCUUUCCACUA